AUUAAUAAACAGAGGUAAGUAUAUGGAAAAAAUUGACUCACUUGAAAAAACCUAAUCUUAAUUCAACAUAAUUCAAAAAUAAAGAAAACAAUAUUCUAAUACAAACACUAGCUAAACUCAUUGAUACACACAUGACCCAUAAUUAAAUCACCAAGCAUGAUAAGUACAUUUAGAUGAGAGGAAAUAGAUUAAAGGAAGACCGAGAAACUACCUUGAUGAAACAAUACUUAGAUAAAAAAAUAAAAAAAAAUUUAAAGGUAAAAGAUGAAGGAAAAAAAAAAAAUUAAAUGUAAAUGUUGCCACGUAGUAUUCUAAUUUGUCUACAAAAUUUCCUGUUAUUAAAUAUUAGUAUAGAUUUUUUAAUAAUAAAAUAAUUUAACAAUAGAUUCAAGUAUUAAACUAGGACCCGAUUCAAUCCGAACCAUCUUAAAAAACAUGUCGAGUCUCGAUCCCCGACGACGACGGUGGAUUUACCUAGCCUUAGUGGGACACCAUCUUGUAACACAUCUUCCCCUCUAUUUCCCUCCCAAACUCAUUUCUCCACUAACCCCCCUCACUUCCUUCUCCUCCCUCCUUCCCUCUUAAAUCCCCCCAUCAUUUCCCCUCAAAAUUCGUCAUUCACUCCCUCUCUUCUCUCUCUCUCCUCCCUAACCCCGCCAUUUCCAUCGCCUUCAAGCUACAACAAUGGCGGAACCCUCAGAAACCCCCCAAAACUCCGAACCCAAAAUCAAAGUCGCCCUAAUCACCGGAAUCACCGGCCAAGACGGAUCUUACCUCACCGAAUUCCUCCUCUCAAAAGGUUACGAAGUCCACGGAUUAAUCCGACGAUCUUCAAACUUCAACACCCAAAGAAUCAAUCACAUCUACAUCGACCCACACAAUGCCAACAAAGCUAGGAUGAAAUUACACUACGCCGAUCUCACCGACGCCUCUUCUCUUCGUCGUUGGAUCGAUACAAUCGCACCUGAUGAAGUUUAUAAUCUUGCUGCUCAAUCUCAUGUUGCUGUUUCAUUUGAGAUCCCUGAUUAUACUGCUGAUGUUGUUGCUACUGGUACGCUUCGAUUGCUUGAAGCUGUUAGAUCUCAUAUUGCUGAAACGGGUCGGACCCAUAUUAAGUAUUAUCAAGCCGGGUCGUCGGAGAUGUUCGGAUCUACGCCGCCGCCUCAGGCGGAGGAUACCCCGUUUCAUCCGAGGUCGCCUUAUGCUGUUGCUAAGUGUGCUGCUCAUUGGUACACUGUCAAUUACCGUGAAGCUUAUGGUAUUUUUGCUUGCAACGGCAUUUUAUUCAACCAUGAAUCACCACGAAGGGGAGAGAACUUUGUGACUCGUAAGAUCACACGUGCUGUUGGCAGGAUCAAGAUCGGGCUUCAGAGCAAGCUUUUCCUGGGUAAUUUGCAAGCCUCAAGGGACUGGGGAUUUGCAGGAGACUAUGUUGAAGCAAUGUGGAUGAUGCUUCAACAGGAAAAGCCUGAUGACUAUGUGGUGGCUACUGAGGAAUCUCACAGUGUUGAGGAGUUCUUGGAAGCUGCAUUCGGGUACGUAGGAUUGAACUGGCGGGAUCACGUGGUGAUCGACAAGAGGUACUUUAGGCCAUCUGAGGUCGACAAUCUGAAGGGCGAUGCCAGCAAGGCAAAGAAAGUCCUCGGCUGGAAGCCUAAGGUCGGGUUCCAGCAACUUGUGAAAAUGAUGGUUGAUGAGGACGUAGAAACAGCAAAGAGGGAAAAGGUGCUUGUUGAUGCCGGUUACAUGGAUGCUCAGCAACAACCAUGAUUGAGUUUAUGGUACCAUCUGAUUCUCAAAGUUUUUAAAUUACUCUAUUGUGAUUUAGUAUACAGAUCAAAUCAUAGUUUACUUUAAAGGUUGGCAAUAAGUUAUUAAUUUGUUAUAAAAAUGUCCAUUUUUUUUGUUCUUCUUUAGUGAGGCAUCUUAAAAACCCCAUGUUUCAACCCACUGACUGUCGGUGGGAUACUUCCUUGUCAUAGUUUAUAUCUCUUGUUGGCAAUUUCACAUUUACUUUUUGUUCCUUUUUUAGUUAUUCAACACAUUUUUUUUCAUUUCAUUGUCUUUUACUUUUCUGGAGAUUGGAUGGAGUGAGGGGGUUGUAACUUGUAACUACAGCUGUUUCAUACUUGAUUCAGGAAUCUCUGUUGAAGUAACUAUAAUCAUUUUCUUUUGACUGUCCAA